AUGGCACUCCAAACCCUGCCCCGCCAGGGCCUCGAUCUUUCACCUGGUGAUCUUCUGGUCGUCAUUCAUGACUUCGACGCCAGAAGCCCGGAUGAACUCGACCUGCGCAAGACUGAUCACAUUGAAUUGGUCGAGCUAGACAAUGGUUUUGGUGAUGGCUGGUAUCUGGGACGACACCUUCGUUUGGGCGUCACCGGCUUAUUUCCGGGGGUCUAUACUGCCAAACUACCCUCCCAGUUUUCUCCAUUGCUCUCCCCACAGAGAACCAUUCUUCGUGACCCUCCAAAGAUCGAGACCUCAGCUCCCUCUCCCACCACCGCUGAUGCGCCACCUCCAGUCUACACCCAAUUCACCAACCCCACAAAUCCCACCAGAUCUUCGAUUCCACCAUCCCCAACUUCCUACUUUCCGGGAGUCUCAAGAAGUAUCGGCCAAGCUCUUGCCGACUCUUCGACUGGGGAAGACUCUCCUGUCAUGAAUGAAACACUCAGCGUCAUAGACGAACACAUCACCGAUCUGAGUACUCCGCGCCAGAGUCUGGCUCCCCCUCGUCCCCUUACCGAUGACUCGGAAAGCGACUACAGCAGUCACCUGGACCCUGUCUCCUAUUCGUACGUCGCUGGUCCAGAAACAGACAGUGAGGAGAAUCCUCCAUUGACCGAGGCCCAAGUCAAGCGAUGGAAUUCCAAAGAGACCGCUGACCACUUGAGAUCCAUCGGUGUCGACGCCAAACAUUGUGAUAUCUUUCAAGAACAGGAAAUCACCGGCGAUGUCCUGCUAGAGAUGGAUCAGUCAUUCUUGAAUAUGAAGGAAUAUGACUUUGGCCUGAUGGGGAGACGCCUCAAGACCUGGCAUAAGAUUCGCGAAUUCCAGGCAGAGGUCCGCAGCACUUCCGGCUCACGCAAGGGAAGCCUCAAGCAGAACAUCUCCUCCGAGGAAGUGAACCGCAUGCAUUCCCGGGGCAUGUCUGGCACCACCAUUUUGCCCCGUAUCCCUAGUUUGAUGGAGGAGCCAGGCUUGUCGAUUCGUCCACCGGCACCCUACGUUCAUCUCUCGGGUGACUCUUCCAUGUCUCCAAGCUCGUUUGCCCGGCCAAAUCUCGAGACCAACACUCCUCCCUCUUCAUGGCGAGCAUCCGUGGCUGCCGAAAGUCCCGGUAGACCUUCAGCUGCCUCAAUCCGCGAAAUGUCGCAUUCUCGACGGCAUUCGUCGAUUGAAGCCGUCAAAGCGGCCCAUCAUGAUCUGCAUUCGACCACAUCCAGUUCUCAUACUUCACAUAAAAAGAACGCUUCAUUCGAUCGAGAUUGGUCGAUGAGCAAUGCCACCACUGCAACGACCGGGCCGAGUACCCCGUCACUCAGCUUGACCACCGGCACCAAACGAGAAAGCCUGGAUCUUGCUACCAACUUGCCGUUUGAUGGUGAUCACCAUACCAUUGAACUUGAUCGAGGGUAUUUUAGCGGAAAUGAGGUGGAUAAUCGGAAGGUCCGGAAUCUUCUUAAAAAGCGAGAUUCUUUGGGCAGCCCUGGUCAUUCUCGCCAAUCAAGUAUGCUCGACGAGCCUAGCAAAUCGGUUGCUCCAAAGCGACAUUCUCGUUUGAGCAGCGUCGAUUCUAUAAGAGAUCGCAACAAUACUGCGCUCUCUCCGGCAGCAAAAGCGUAUCAUAGCAGAACCUAUAAAGGCCGUUUUCGUUCGGCUAGUGCCCGGAGUUUGAAUUUGGCCAAAUCUCCCAUUGCUCCAUCACCUACCGUCACAAAUCUUGAGGAUGACAACCUGUCCUCCGUCUCCUCUCCGAAGGUGGGCAAUGGCACGCCAUCCCCCGCAGCAAUGAGUACGGUGCCGUGGACAACAUCACAAAAAGCGAGAAAAUUGCUCGGCCUGCGCGCGGCUUCGGAAGCGGUCACCGGGAGCGAGAAGGAAGCUGCUAGUGGCUCACCCAUCACCUCAGAACCUUUGAGAGAAUCACCUCCUGCUUCUACUACUGGUUCCCUGACCCCGUCACUCACAUCGAAAAGUGUCGAUGUCGACAGUACUGAUACAUUAUCGAAAGAGAUGAGCGAACAGCUAUCCGCAACUGGUCCUCUUCUUCACACCAAGACUGCCGUCCGGACCAAACCCAAAACCAAACAACAGACGAGCGCAUACAGACGCGGCUUGCUACACCUAUCACCAGCGGAGGCACGCCAACACUGUGACCAUCAUGGUUGGAUGAAGAAGAAAUCAGCAGGACUGAUGGCAAGCUGGAAGCCUCGCCUGUUCAUUCUCCGAGGCCGCCGGUUGUCCUACUAUUAUUCCGAGAAUGACACAGAAGAGCAAGGCAUAAUUGACAUUUCGGGGCAUAAGGUCCUUGUGGCUAACUCGGAUCCCAUCAUCACGAUACACGCAACCAUAACGGGGGCUUCGCUUUCUCCGUCCAUCGGCGCGGGAAGCUCACCGGAAAAGAUACUCCCUAAUUCACCACGCACUUCGGGUGGCGCACCCUUUUACUUCAAACUUGUGCCGCCCAAAGCUGGGGCCUCGAGAGCAGUUCAAUUCACCAGGCCGACCGUAUACUACUUUCAAGUGGACAGCAUCAAUGAAGGGAGGAAAUGGAUGGGGGAGAUUAUGAAAGCGACCAUCGAGCACGAUCUUUCUAGUUUCGAAACGACAAACCGACAAACCACCAUUAGCUUGGCCAAAGCCCGAGCAAGAAAGGAGCGGCCGCCCGCCUUGAAGGGGACGGAAAACAUUUCAGAGUUGGCCGAGCAGCCGACACCCGCUGAAGAGAAGAGCCAGCAAGAAAGUGGAUUGAAUAUACAGGGACUCGAAUUUGAUGACUCGAAGAUCGAUCUGAAAUUGGAUACCAAUCGACUGAGUGGGCUGCAACCCGUUGCCGAGGAUCCAGAUGCCAAAGUAGCAACAACAUAA